UACUCUCCGUCCAUCCAUAAGUGUAUCGAAAUGAAGUUUACGAUACUGGUGGCAUCGGUUGCUGUCGUCAUCUCGGCAGCACUGGCGCUGGAGUUCGAAAGCAGAAAGCUGCACCCGAACACCGAGCACGAUGACGGAGGGCUGUCGAUGCUGGAGCAAACGCCGGCCGAAGAUCGCCAGUGGCAGGCGGUGAAGAAGCACGAGAAGCGCCAAACCGGCAAGAAGAUCCACAUCUUUCUCGGCAAGCCGAAGGGCAAAAAGUCCAAGAAGCACGCGAACGGUGACGGUGAGCCGGAAACGCAGACGCGCAAAACGCCCGAGCUGACGACGCGCUCGGACAAGGGUGUGAUCGACACGACGUCGGACGCCCCGGAUGCGGCCGUUGGCGAGAGCCAGCACUACGAGAUCGGUGAGCAUAACAUCGUGAAGGAGAAGAUCAAGAUCAAGCACCAUCAUCACCAUCACCAUCACAAUCACGUCAAGACCGUGGUCAAGAAGGAACCGUACCCGGUGGAAAAGGUCGUACAGGUGCCGGUGGAGAAGAUUGUUCACGUCCCGAAACCCUACCCGGUGGAGAAGAUCGUCGAGAAGGUGGUCCACGUGCCGGUGGAGAAAAUCGUGCACGUUCCGAAGCCCUACCCGGUGGAGAAGAUUGUCGAGAAGGUUGUGCACGUGCCGAAGCCCUAUCCGGUGGAGAAGAUUGUCGAAAAACCGGUGCACGUUCCGAAACCGUAUCCGGUGGAGGUGAAAGUACCGUACCCGGUGGAGAAGAUCGUGCACGUGGACAAACCGUAUCCGGUGGAGAAGAUUGUCGAGAAGAUUGUGCACGUCCCCAAGCCAUACCCUGUGUACAAGCAGGUUCAGGUUCCGGUUCCGGUAGAGGUUAAGGUUCCGUACGAAGUCCCCAAGCCCGUACCUUACCCGGUGGAGAAGAAGGUUCCGUAUCCGGUAGAGGUGAAGGUUCCGGUUGAGGUUGAGAAGAAGGUCCCAGUUCCGGUGAAGGUUGAGGUGGAAAAGAAGGUUCCAUACCCGGUGAAGGUGUACGUACCGCAACCCUACCCGGUGGAGAAGAAGGUUCCCUAUCCAGUUCCGGUAAAGUCCGGCUCCUUCCCAUUCACCUUCGACAAGGACAUUUCGAGCUACUCGAACACGAAGCUGCAUCCGUUUGAGUCACAACAGCACGAAGAAUAUGCCGGAUCGGAGGAUAGCUACCGCCGUACGACCAAGACGGGCUACAAGAAGGGUAAGGGCAAGAAAUCGAAGAAGACGGAACAGCAAUCGCAACACCAGUCGAGUGCACCGGUGACGGAGGACAACAGUGAGUCGGGUGUGGGAGCAUCCUACUCGUCGCUGAGCACCGGCACUGAUCAUGGCGCCCAUUACACGCAGACCACCAUCUACCACGGCGGUUCCGGACAUCAGUCGCAAGCACAGCAGCAACACCAGCAAGAACAACAGCAGCACCAGCAGCAGCAGCAGCAGCAGCAAGCUCACCAAGCUCUUCUGCAGCAGCACCAGGACCAGCUCCAGCAGUAUCACCAGCAACAGCAGCAACAGCAGCAACUACAGCAACAGCAGCAACAGUACGGUAGCCAAGAUGCCACUAGCUUCCUCAACCAGCAGCUCAUCCACUACGGACAGCAGGCCAAGUACGGUCCAUCCACCUUCCCGAGCCAAUCGUCGCAAGGAGCCGACUACGGAACGGCCCCUCAGUCGACCGGUCAGGAUGGUAGCCAGUACGCGCAGUACGAUCACUACGGGUCCGGCUCGAACCACCAGGAGGUGAUGGUAACGCCACCUUCCGCUGGUGCCGCUUCCGGGAUGCAUCAUACUACUGGCUACGGACAGCAGCAGGCCACAUACGCACUGACAGCUCCAUCCAACCCGGGCGGUAGCUUCCAGCUCGAGUCACAGCCCCAACCAUUCCAGCUGCUCCAGUUCGCACCGUUCCAGUACCAGACGCCUACCGGCUUCUCUCUGCCAACUGCCAGAUAAAGGUGGUGAUGAUCGGCCUGAAGUUGAUCGCCACCAGACUGACCGUCCACCCGUGAGACUGACACUAAGCAAGGAAGCAAUUCUGCAUAUUGGCGCCACACCGGCCAACCUUGGGCUGGACCGGAAUUCCUCCGGGUGAUUCCUUAAUUUAUACUCUAGCAGGAUGUCCUCGUGGAGCGUGAAUUGCACAAUUGUUUGUCCGUUGUUUAACGAUUUUUGUGUAACUUUCGUGUUUAAACUUACCAGAGUUUGUUUUUGUUUUCUGUUGUGUUUUGUUUGUAUGCCAAUUUCAAAUGCCGUCCACACCGCAGGGACGCUCGUAGCAGGGGGUUCGAGAGACCACGAAACGGGUUGUUUUUGUAAAACAGCCGGCAGCCGUGUGUCGGCUGAAGGGAUCGAUAGGAAUCCACCUUCGCUUCGAAACCCCGUCCCGACCUUUGUGCACGUACACGCAUAAGCAUUCGCGGAAAGUGGAUUGCUAAAAGCUAAAGGAAACCAAAUUUUAAGUAAGUGCCACCCUGCCACGUAGGCGAUGGUGAGAUGCGUUUCUUGCUAGUGGCUAACAUGGCUAAAGUAGUAGGAUCAAAAUGUUAACGAACUUAUUUCUGGAUUCUUCCGACUCCUGCUCCCCGACUCGCCAGAUCGUACAUUUGAGUUGUGCAACGAUGCACACUUAAGUGUGUGUGUGUGUGCGGGUUUGGGUGUUUAGGAAGCUGGAAGGAUUAGAGAUAUUUUAACAUUGGACUUUUACCGUAUUAUUGUACAUAUUAUUCUUCCUUCUGUUGAAGACACUGUACGCUGAGCAGUAGAAUUGAUGCUAUUGUUGCAUAAUAAAAUGAUGAAAAAA